GAGAGGUGUGUUUGGUGUGGUUUUUGUGGAGCGAGUUUUAAAAAACCGCUAUUGCUAAUUGGAUUUUUAAUAAUUUUAGUACACUUAAACGGUUAAAUUCGUGUGUGAUAAUUGUGAUUGGCACAGAAGGAUUAUUAUCAUUCUAUAUGAUUAACUGUUUUAGAUGUACUGUUUUCUUACGAGUGUCACGUGUGGAUUUGUAAAUGUGAUUCGAUAAUGUGUUGGAACUGAGUGGCGCCCUAAAUGCCUAAACGCGAGCGAAACGGCUGUCAUGUGCCGAAUUGUGUGGAGGUUAUUGUGUAAGACAAUGUGCCAUGGAUGCAUUUUGCUCUUUUUCAUCAGUGUCCUGCAGUUGCUGCAGUGCGCAUACGGGUCCGGCUUCUUCGAGCUUCAGAUCCUGGAGAUCGCCAACUACCGGAGCGAGCUGGCGUCGGGUGCAUGCUGUGGGUCGCAAUCUCGGCCCGACAGCUCGGUUCCUUGCCCGCGACCCUGUAGCACGUUCUUCCGCGUCUGUCUCAAGGAGUACCAGAGCAACGUCACGUCCACUGGCUCAUGUUCCUUCGGCAACACUUCUAGCCCCGUACUGGGCGGCAGCUCCCUCACCCUCGCAGACCCGGACCGUGCCAAUGGCAAGCUCGUCGUGCCCUUCAUCUUCCGCUGGACGAGAUCCUUCACGCUCAUCCUCCAGGCUGUGGACCAUGACAACUACUCCAUACCGGCGACGAACCGCGUCAUCGAAGAGGCGACUUACUCCGGUAUUAUCCUGCCAAGCGCGGACUGGCACACGUUGAAUUAUAACGGGAAUACGGCACGAAUCACGUAUAGGGUGCGCGUCCAGUGUGACCUGCAUUACUUCAACUCUACCUGCACCAAGUUCUGCCGGCCGCGGGACGAUAAGUUUGGACACUACCGGUGCGAUAAAGCAGGCGAGAAGGAGUGCAUCUCAGGCUGGAGAGGCAUCAACUGCGAGAUUGCUGUCUGCAAGACUGGCUGUCAUCCGAUACACGGCAAGUGCGAGCAACCGGGAGGCUGCGAGUGCCGUCCCGGAUGGCGCGGUGAGUUCUGUGACCAGUGCACACCAUAUCCAGGCUGUAAGCAUGGCUACUGCAACGGAUCUUCCUGGCAAUGCAUCUGUGACACGAACUGGGGAGGAAUACUCUGUGAUCAAGAUCUGAACUACUGCGGGACCCACGAACCUUGUCAGAACGGAGGAACCUGUGAGAAUACCGCACCUGACCAGUACCUCUGCACCUGUCCUGAAGGUUUCUCUGGACUCAACUGCGAAGUGGUGGAUAAUCCCUGUGCCACAACACCAUGUGCGAAUGGAGGGACGUGUCAGGAGACUGGAGGACAGUAUCACUGCACAUGCGCGUCAGGGUGGACAGGGUCUACCUGUCACGUCAAUGUAGAUGAAUGUGCUUCAGCUCCGUGUCAGAAUGGUGGCACUUGUGUUGACUUGGUGGACAGUUUUAGAUGUAUUUGUCCAUCAGGUUGGGAAGGCAAUGCCUGCCAAUUUGAUGCAGAUGAAUGUCAGGGAAGACCUUGCAUCAAUGCAUAUUCAUGCCAAAAUCUGGUUGGGGACUAUCGUUGCAAAUGCCAAAAGGGCUGGGCUGGAAAGAACUGUGACCAUAACAUCAACGACUGUGUGGGGCAGUGCCAACAUGGAGCUACUUGCAUUGACUUGGUCAAUGACUACCAUUGUGCUUGUCAACCAGGAUACACAGGUCGUGACUGCCAUACUGACAUUGAUGACUGUGAAAGCAAUCCAUGCCGUAAUGGGGGAGAAUGCUCAGAUCAAGUGAAUGGUUACCGCUGCAUAUGUCCUGUGGGGUUUACUGGUGACCAGUGUGAGGUGGACCAUGAUCACUGUAGUCCAAAUCCGUGUGAAAAUGAUGCUCCAUGUUUUAACACACAAGCAGACUAUUAUUGUCACUGUCCUGAAGACUGGGAGGGAAAGAACUGUAGCUUGCCUCGACUGCAGUGCAGCAGCCCUCCGUGUGAAGUGGUUGAUAGCUGUACAGUUCCAGCACCAUCUAAUGCAACUAACAGUGGAGCAGUGUUAGUCUCUUCAGGAAUUUGCGGAGACCAUGGGAGCUGUGUCAGCCAACCUGGAGGAGGCUUUAGAUGCUCCUGUGACCCAGGCUACACUGGGAAGUACUGCCAUGAAAAUAUCAAUGACUGCAAGCUGAACCCCUGUCAGAAUGGAGGUACAUGUGUGGAUAAAGUUAAUUCUUAUCAGUGUAUCUGCAAAGAAGGCUGGGAAGGUGAAAUCUGCGGCAUCAAUAAGGAUGAAUGCUCCCCCAACCCAUGUCGGAAUAAUGGGAGCUGCACAGAUAGCAUAGCUGAUUUCCUGUGUACGUGCCGUGAUGGAUGGAAAGGGAAAACUUGUAACCUGAAAGACAGUCACUGUGACCGAAGUACUUGCCGCAAUGGUGGCACCUGCCAGGAUUUGGGGGACACUUAUGUGUGCAGAUGCCCCCUCGAAUGGGAAGGCACUACAUGUCAUAUUGCCAAAUCACAUGCAUGUAAAUCUAAUCCUUGCCAGAAUGGUGCCACAUGUGUCAAUACUGGUGACUUCUACUCAUGCAUCUGCAAAGAAGGCUUUGAAGGCCAACACUGCCAACAUGACAUAAAUGACUGUAAUCCACCACCAUGCUUUAAUGGUGGGAAAUGUGUAGAUGGGAUUAACUGGUUCCUGUGUGAAUGUGCACCAGGAUUUACAGGACCAGACUGCAGAAUUAACAUUAAUGAAUGUGCUUCUAAUCCUUGUGGAUUUGGAAGCACAUGUGUAGAUGGCAUUGGCAAGUUCAGCUGCGUCUGUCCACCUGGACGUAAAGGUGUUCGCUGUGAAGAAGUGGAAGAAAUGGCAUAUCUACGAGGGGCAUGUCUAUGGAAAGGACAGUAUUUUGCGAACAAUGCCACUUGGCAGCAUGACUGUAACACAUGCUCAUGUGUAGCUUCUGCAGUGAGUUGCACACAAGUGUGGUGUGGCUUAGGGAAUUGUCUUGGUCAUCCUAACCUCACUUUGGGCUCUACUGUCUGCCAGUCAAAUCAGGUGUGUGUACCAUCACCUCGUGAAGCAUGCCUCACACCAUCCUGUGCACCAUGGGGGGAGUGCCGUGAUUUGGAGAGUGGAAAGCGCGUGGGACCACCCUCAUUACCUGCACCUCCAACCUGCUGGCCAAACCAAGCAGUACUCAGCAACUCUUGUGCUCGACUUACAUUGCUGUUAGACAAAGCUCAGCUCCCACAUGGUGUUACCACUGAGGGCCUCUGCAUGGAACUUCGUCAUCUUGUGGCCUCCCAUCAGGCAUCCAUCAGUGCUUCUCAUCGCCUUGUCCUGCUUUGUGAUUUGAAGCAAGGCUACAAUGAUACACUUGAAGUUACCAUGUCAUCAUUGUCACCUACAUCAGGUCCAGAAGAAAAUCGAGCAGUGAUAGAAGGGAUCCGGGUCCUGGGAGAAUUUAUCAGCCGGAAGCAAACCAACCUAUCAGCUCUCACGUCUAUUGUGGAAGUAAAAGUUGAGACUGCACUCAUUAGUGAGGAAAAACAAGGUAAUGGAUAUUUAAUAGCACUUAUCUGCAUAAUUCUCAUCAUCCUGUUUGCUGUCGGUGUUGGCGGUUUAUAUUACUGGCAUCAGAUGCUGAGACGAAGACAUGGAGCAGGAUCUCUGGCAGGUUCAACUUCCGUAGGAGGACCCUGUCAUCGGCACCAUGAUGAUGAGAAGUCCAACAAUCUGCAGAAUGAAGAGAACUUGCGGCGGUAUGCAAACCCAUUAAAAGACGAAGCUGGGUCAGCAGUGAUGGGAGGUACCACAAGUAAAGUCGGACCUGGAGUAGGACCAGGUGUUGAAGGUUCCGGAGUGUCGGAUCUGCCACGGGUUAGUGUUGUAAGACCACUGUCAUCCACUGCAGGCCCUGGUGAACCACUAGGAACAGGGGGUGGAGCAGAAAUGCUGGAACUGAUGGAUGAUGCUGUAACGCCUGGUCUGGGGAAGAGCAUGCCCAGUCAGAGUUCUGACCCUCAGCCUCGCCUGCACUCAGCGCAUCGAAGUAGCCAGAUCUUGCUCUUCAAAGCACAGAGUCCAGAUGUUAGAAAAAACACUGCAGCCACAUUUGAUGAUGCAGGAGCCCAUAAAGACUUCGCUAAACGUAUCAUUAAUCUCAAGGUACUUCCACCAGUGCAAAGGACGUUACAACCUCCUCAAGGGGAACGAAAUGGUGGAGGGGGUGGUGAUGUGCUUACAGUGAUAGUGUGAAACACGUACAUGUACCUUCAUAAUAAUGCUUACACAAUUGCCAUAAAAAAUAAAAGUUUUAAUUUAAAUAUGAUUUACUAUUUACAUUUUAACUUUAUUUUCUCAUUGUGCAUUUGGGUUAAGUGCAAUGUUGUCAAAGUUCAGAACUUGCCAUUUUAGUUUAUAUCCAUCAUCAAUUAAUGUUUCACAACCAAAAGAUGAAAUAAUGAACUGUCAUGAUACAGUGACGAUAAAUAAAAAUACUGAUAUUAACUGAUUAUGUUAGUAUGGCUUGUAUUUAGAAAUAAACAUUUCCUACAGACUAGAAAAUAACAUCUACUUGGCCCAUAUUUCAGGAUCUUAGUACUUGUGAUUUUUGCAUAUAGACACCUAACACAAUGUAACCUGGCUUGAAAUGUAACUAUUCAAUUCAAGAGUCAGUUGCAAUAUUAGACUAACAUUCCUGGCAGACACAUCAACUAAGUAAAUGAUCUCGAAAGAACAAUAGCCAUGUGAAUAUUUCAGUGACGAACUGGAGGAUACAACCAACGCUAUUCACAGAACAGUGCAUUGUGUGAUAUCACUUAUUGUAUUACACUUCAACUUGGCAGUGACAACUUAAGUGUGGCUGUUAGUGCCUCAUGCAGACAUUAGUGUUGCAGAAGCUGAAGAUAGCCAAGAUGUUAGCACAAGAGACAGUUUCUUUAAUUCAUUUUUAUAAGAUUUUAUAAAUGAGUUUCAUUGUAAUGUAGUUGUAUAAUUUGUAUAUUUAUUUGAUUUGUUCCUGAUAUUCUGUGUGAGAUUGUCACCAACUUUAUAUAUUAUAGUGUAUGGAGUUAUCACUACUCACAUUUAUGAUCAGUUUGCGGAUCCAGACUGACUUUGUGAUGGUUAGAGCUCGGAAUAAUCUAAUGAACAUUCUGUUGCACAAUCCCUACAAAUAGAUCUCAUGAUAUAUAUACAUGAGCUACCACCAAGUAAAAGAAAAAAAUUCUUAAUAUUGUUGAUGACUGACCAUUACCAGUACCAAAUAUACAGAAACACACAAGGUAAAAGCAGCAAAAUGUGUUGCAAGCUGUAAAAAACUGUAUGAAGAUGUAAGAUGUCAGUCUUUUGCCAGUAGUACAAACAUAUAUCAGUCUGUCCGUCCGUCUAUCCAUCCACCAGUGGUGGAAAAGGCUUCUGAUGUUUUGGAGAAACAUAUGCAGUCCAGUUCAUACUCACUGUUUCCCAUAUAAGCUAACCUUCAUCCAUUCUCCUCACUUCUAACCUGUGUCCAGAAGCAGUAUGUUCCUCCAGAACAUAUGCAGUCCUCUCCGUCACUGCAUGAGAUCACAACUUAAGCCAAAAAAUCAGUGUAUUUAUAAGUUACAUACGUGUUUCCUGUUACAAUAUGUAUACUCAUGAUUCAUCGCAGCGUUGUCAUCAGAAUGAGCCAGGAUAGUCAGUGAAUUGACUGGGUGUGGGCUGGAUGACCAGGAUUUGAUUCCUAAUAGCAUCAUGGAUUUUUCUUCGCUAUCUUGCUCAGGAUGGUUAUGAUGUCCAUUCCCCCCCCCCCAAUCCAAUGGACGCAGAGGGUAGCCAGAGCAUGAAGCUAAGCUUCAUAUAGUGCUCAGUCCUAGAAAGCAUAGGGCUUUAUACCUGCACUCUCUAUAUGCCUUCAUGGCAUAAUGCUUAAGCGUAGUAAUGGCUUUACCUUUAUUUUUAAAGACACGUGGUUUAAUU